AUGACACUACGCAAGAAUGACGGCGACUAUCCGGCCAAGUGCAGUCGAAGCAGUACCUUCGUCAUAGGCACCGCCAACGCCGCCGACAAAGAAGGGGAGUGGAACGGCGACCGCGAAGUCGACUUCAUCUUCCCGGGCAUCGAGCUGUCGGUGCUGUCGCACGACGACCUCUUCGAUCGCACCCUCGGGACGACGCUCUCCCGCACCGGCAGUUCGCUAGCCACAGCUCUGGCCGCCGGUUUAGCCGCCGUCAUCCUGUUCUCGGUGGCGCUCAACAACAAGGCCGACCUGCCGCUCGUCAGAAACCACGACGGCAUGAAGAGAGCAUUCAAUGCGGUUAACAAUCCCAACAAGGCCAAGAGCACAAAGUUCAUCCGCGUGUGGGACCUGUUUGGCCUGGUGCAGGAAGGGAGGGAGAAGACAGCGCGGGAUAUGCUGCAGAUCGUGGUGAACAAGCUCCUCGCCAACCUGCGACGAUUACGAGCGAGUUGA